UCGGGUUCUUACAUUGGUUGGAGCUGCCUAAGCGGGCUGAUCGCAGGGAGAGUGUUACAAUGACUUCCCGAACAUUCAGCUGCCUUUUACUCCCGAUUGCAUUGGUUGCUCUUGUUGGCUAUGCCUGUGCUAGGAGGGGCCAAGAUGUACAUUGUGGAGCUUGCCGUGCUCUUGUUGAUGAGCUGGAGUGGGAAAUAUCACAGGUGGAUCCCAAAAAGACAAUCCAAAAAGGAUCUUUUCGUAUAAACCCAGAUGGCACUCAGUCAGUUAUUGAGGUACCGUAUGCAAGGUCAGAAGCACAUCUGAUGGAAGUACUUGAACAAAUAUGUGAGAAAAUGACAGAGUAUGGGGAGAAAAUAGACCCAUCAACGGACCGCAAAAUUUAUGUUCGCGUUGUGUCUCGCGAUGGCAAAAAAAUGGAUGCAUCUGGGACCAACAUUGACAUAGAAGUGACAUCAAACUUGAAGUUUACUUGUGAACGUAUUGUGGAGGAAUAUGAGGAUGAACUGAUUGAAUUUUUCUCUCAUGAAAGAGAAAAUGUAAAAGACAAAUUGUGUAGCAAACGUACAGAUUUAUGUGACCACGCAGUGCAUAUACCUCACGAUGAACUCUGACCUGCUGUAGGCUUUAUGCUUUUCUUUUGGACCAUAGGGCUUCACAUGUUUACAAUGGACACAAUAGGAAUCUAAUGUGAACAGGGAUGUUGAACAAUUUCAUAUAUUUUUUACAUUAAAAAACUAAAGUACUUUGCAUCAACUUGUGGAUGUUUGUGCUCCUUGAAGAAUAAGGAUUUCCAUUUCCAAUUACUGCCAUUUGUAGUUUAAAAACAAAAGAGGUAGGUAUUAAGUGAUGAGUGACUAUUUAAAGCCAAUUUUGGAAACCUUAAAUAACAUUAGUAAUAGCUUUGAAGUUCCUACAAAGAAUUCUCCUAUUUUUUAAUGUUAUUUUUUAGCGAUACCUCUUAAAAACAUAGAAAUCUGUAGAUUUAAAGGAAAAUUAAGUGAAUGUAUCCUAUUUCUAAAUAUGGUAUAUUCUUUCUUUAUUCAUUUGAUUUCAAGCUUCCUGUGAGUGGAACUUUUAAGGGCUCUGCACUAACAUAGGCAAAUGGUGUCUCCUUCUUAGCUGCUGUCACAUACAUAAAACUUAUUUUGUUAGGUACACAUUAGGGCUGACUGUAGCUAUAAAUAAAAAGUGCAUGCUUCUUUUGUAUAAAA